AUGUUGCUCACUCGUGCUUUAACCGCCAUCGUCUCCACGAAGAGCUGCUGCAGCAAUCAAGCGUUCUUACUCGGUGUCGCCUCGAAGUGGUCUUCUUCUGCUAUCAAUAAUAGUAGUGUGCGAGUUCUGCCGCAAACGCGUACCUUUGCUAAGAAAAUGAGUCUGCCGCGUUGCUUUUUCGACAUGACCGUGGAUAACCAGCCGCUCGGCCGUAUCCUGAUCGAGCUGCGUCCCGAUGUUGUACCGAAGACGUGUGAAAACUUCCGCGCACUCUGCACAGGGGAGAAGGGAUUCGGCUACAAGGGUUCGAUCUUUCACCGUGUGAUUCCAAACUUCAUGUGUCAGGGCGGUGACUUCCAGAACCACAACGGUACCGGCGGCAAGUCUAUCUACGGCAACAAGUUCGAGGACGAGAACUUUAUCCUGAAGCACACCGGUCCGGGUAUCCUGUCGAUGGCGAACGCCGGCCCGAACACGAACGGUUCGCAGUUUUUCAUCACCACCGUGAAGACGGCCUGGUUGAACGAUCGUCACGUAGUGUUCGGCAGCGUGGUCGACGGCAUGGACGUGGUGCGAAAGAUCGAGUCCUUCGGCUGCCAUUCGGGCAAACCGUCGAAGCAGAUCGUGGUAGCAAACUGUGGCCAGCUGUAA